UUACUCUUAUAUUGAGGAUAUUAAUAUUUUAAGCACAUAAACUGGAACUAUACUUUUUAACUCUGCUAUUUCUAGUGCUAUAUUAUCCCAAAUAUCUUUAAGAAAUAUAAAUAACAUGAGAUUUUUGUAAGUUUAAUUAUAUUAAAUUUCAAAUUCAAUUUAUUAGGAAUCUUAAGAUGUAAAAAUAUAUAAUAUGACAGCAGUUAAUUAUUAUAUAAGCUAAUAACCAUUUAUUUAUAUAAAUUCUUAAAAUGUUCUUUUUGAUAACAUGAAAAUAUCCAAAGUAAAUUUUUCUACAAAUAAAAAAUCAUAAUAAAUACCUUUAAUUGCUUUAACUGCUACUUAUUCAUUAAUAAUUUAGAAUUCUCUUCUUAGUUAAAUAAAUAAUUUUAAAAAUAGUUCUAUUCAGAUUUAAGAUUCUUAGAAUAUUAAGGUUUUUAAUACAAUAUUUUAAAAUAUAUAUUCAAAUGAUACUUCUUCAGCUCUGACUAUACAAAAUUCAUAAAAUAUAGACAUAUUAAACUCUGUUUUUAAAGAUAUGAAUUUAAAUAAUACAGGUUCUAUUUAAAUAAUUAAUGGCUAAAAUAUUGUUUUUUAAAGUAAUGAACUUUAAUUUAUUUUAUCUCAAAUAGGAGAUGGAGGAGCUCUAAAUUUCAUUAAUAGCUAAAUAAAUAAAUUAGAUUAAAAUUAAUUUAUUUCUAAUACGGCUUUAUUAGGGUCAGGAGGAGCUAUUUUUUGCUAAAAUAGUGCAUUCAAAGCAUUUAAUGAAAAUAUAUUUAAUAAAAAUAAAGCUCCUUAAGGAUCUGGAGGAGCCAUUAUGCUUAAUAACUGUGAUAUUUUACAGAUGAAAAACAAUACAUUUAUCUUAAAUCAAGCAUUUAUUGGAGGAGCUAUAAGGUAUACGAAUCUUUAGCCUAUAGCUAUUAUGUAAGGUGGAGCUAAAAAUUUAAAAAUCUUGAACUAUUUUUACAAAAAUAAUGCAACUUCAUAUGGCAUAAACAUUGGUUCAUAUCCUGUACUUUUAAAUAUGAAAAAUAAUUUUGAAAAAAAUUCAAUAAGCUAAUAAGACUCUUUAAUUGAUGUUUAAAGUGGAUACAAAGCACCUACUCCUAUUUUAAUUAGAUUUAUUGACGAAGAAAUGAGAGAAGUUGCUUUUGUUAAUUUAUCUUAAUAUCCUUUUAUCAAUAAAGAUAUUUUAUAAGAAAUGUCACAAUAUAUACUUUAAGCUGAAAGUGAUAAUAUUGGUUUAAUAGGUGAUCUGAAACAAGCAUACUAGCUAAAAAACUAUGCUUUUGUUUUUGAUUUAUCUUAUUCUUAUAAGCCUUCAUCAAACGCAACCUUAAUUAUUAAAUCCUCGCAACUCCUUCCAUAGUUUUUGUCAAAUAACCAGUAGGCUUAAUUAUUGUAGUUUAGUCUUUCAAUUAAUAUACAAUUUAGGAAAUGUAAAAUCGGAGAAGUAAUUUAAAAAUCUGGCAAUAAUACAAUUUGCUAUACUUGUUAAUAAGGACACUAUAGUUUAAUAGAUCCUUAUUUAGAUUAAUCAAUCAGCUGUAAGGCAUGCCCGACUGGUUCUAUUACUUGCCAAAAUUCUUAAAUAUAGAUUCAAAAUGGAUAUUGGAGGUAAAAUGAUUCCUCAGAUAUAAUUGUUUAGUGUUAAUAUUAGGAUAUUUGCCAACCAGAAAAUCCUUUAUCAAAAAAUGGAUGUAAUUAAGGUCAUGUUGGACCUUUAUGCUAAGAAUGUGACAUAAAAGGUUAAGUAUGGGGUUCGUCAUAUUGUAAAUCUUAACAAAAAAUAUGUAAUAACUGCAUUAAUUUCUAUUCUCCUACAAAUAUUGCUUUAAUGAUUCUUCUUUUAGGAUUUAUAUUUUAUCAAAUUUAUAGUAAUAUUCAUAAAAAAAUAAGCCAUACCAAAAAAUAUAUCUUGGCUAAAUAUUUAUCUAAAUUUAACCUAAUCUCUCCAAAUAUUUACAGAAAGUAAGCUAAUCAACCUUCUUUAGUUAAGAUACUCUUAAGUUAUUGUCAAUUUUUGAUGAUCUUUAACAGCUUAAAUAUAUCUCUCCCUGAUUAUUUUAUAGUUUUUAGUUCCACAGGAGGAGAUACUUCGUAAUUAACAAUAUACUCUAUUGAUUGUCUAUUAUUUUCUUAUGAUCUUAAACUACCUAAUUAUAUUAUACGUUUAUUGUGGAUUAAUCUUUAACCUAUUGGAUUAUUUUUAUUAAUAGAAAUAUUUAGUUAGUUUAGAUUAAAAAAAAUGAUUAUUAACGCUUAAAAAUAUACUAUUUACACAAAUUUGAUUAUCAUAUUUUUGUAUUUCUAAUCUUCUAUUGUUAAGGUCAUAAGCUAAUCAUUAUCCUGUUAGUAGAUAGGUAAUACAUAUUUUGUUAGUUCAGAUCUAAAUUACAACUGCUUAGAUGAUUAGCAUAUUAGAAAUAUCAUAUACUUUAUUAUACCAUUAGGAUUGAUCUGGGUAGUUUUUAUUCCUCUGUUUUUAUUUAUCAAAAUGAGAAAAUAUAAAAAUUAAAUGUAAACAAUAAAAACCCUUUUCAUAUAUGGCUAUCUCUAUCAAGUAAUUAAAUUCUUAACUUAUAAUUCUUUAAUUUAAUAUUAAGAGUUUGCUAAAAUAAAUUACAACUAUUUUUCUUUAAAUAAAAAUAUUAAAUCUUUAUUGAUAAUUUUUAUUAAUAAUAAAUUAAAAAUUUUAAAUUUAAAAAAAUAAUAUAUUAGGAAUAUAAGGAAGAUAAAUAUUACUGGGAGUUAGUAAGAAUACUGA